AUGUCAAUUCCCAACAGCCGAAAUAGUGAUCGAAAAAAUCAAACAGGCAUUAAAACAAACAGUUGGGGUGCAUUUGUAAGCAUGGGAGAAGCUCACCGCCGGAUAACUGAAUACCUUACCCGUUUCUCCGACGCGAUCUCGUCUCAAGACGGCAAAUCGCUCAGCCGCCUUCUUUCCGUCUCCUCCGACUCCCCCGCCCUCCUCUCCCUCGCCGACGCCCUCAAUACUUUCCAGGAUGCUAACAGGGUUAUUAGGCAAUCUGAGAGAUUUUCUCAGUAUGGGGACAUUCUACUUCAUGUAUUCCGGGCCUUGCAGAGUUAUCGGUUGAAGAAUUUGGUCGAAUCGUAUAUGGCCUAUGAAAAAGCAUCCAAUGCUAUUGUUCAGGAAUUUCGGAAUUGGGAAACAGCGUGGGCAUUGGAGGCAUUAUAUGUGAUUGCAUAUGAAAUUCGGAUUCUUGCUGAGAGGGCUGAUAUGGAGUUGGCUUCAAAAGGGAAAACACCUGAAAAACUGAAAGGUGCUGGUUCUUUCCUUAUGAAGGUGUUCGGGGUUCUUGCUGGAAAAGGACCAAAACGUGUCGGGGCUUUGUAUGUGACAUGCCAGCUUUUCAAAAUAUAUUUCAAGCUGGGGACUGUCCAUCUCUGUCGCAGCGUGAUAAGGAGUAUUGAGACUGCUAGGAUAUUUGACUUUGAGGAAUUUCCUGUGAGGGAUAAGGUCACAUACAUGUAUUACACUGGUCGUUUGGAGGUGUACAAUGAAAACUUUCUAGCUGCUGACCACAAAUUGUCAUAUGCGUUGACGCAUUGCAGCACAAAGAAAGAGGCUAACAUAAGGAUGAUCUUAAAAUACCUUGUUCCUGUGAAGCUUUCCAUAGGUAUCUUACCUAAGGCGUCACUCCUUGAGAAGUUUAACUUAAAUGAGUAUAAAGAUGUUGUGCUUGCUCUAAAAAGAGGCGAUCUUCGACUCCUAAGACAUGCCCUUGAAGAACACGAAGACAGGUUCUUAAGGUCAGGCGUAUACCUUGUUCUCGAGAAGCUAGAACUCCAAGUUUACCAACGACUGGUUAAAAAGAUCUAUAUCAUACAAAAGGAGAGAGAUUUAAAUCGUGCUCACCAAAUCAAGUUAGAUGUCAUCGUUAAAGCACUUAGGUGGCUUGACAUUGACAUGGAUGUCGAUGAGGUGGAGUGCAUAAUGGCGAUUCUGAUAUACAAGAACCUGAUGAAAGGGUACUUCGCGCACAAAAGCAAAGUCGUGGUUCUUAGCAAACAGGACCCCUUCCCGAAACUAAACGGCAAACCAGUCAAUGCAUAGACAUAAACUACACACACUGUCUUAGCAAACAGCUUCUUGUAUUGACAACACUGUGUUAUUCUCUCUGAGUGUAUUUUCUCUGUUCUUUUUAGGUGAUUUUGAUCUUCAUUGUAACUUAUUUUUAGGAAUUUUUAAUUCUAUAACACUAUACAGCUUUGUUUUC